GGAUAGUGAAAUUGAUUGGUCCCACAAAACACCUGCGCUCUCACAGAGAAAAACCACAUUUUUUUGCGUCCUGGAAUUGAAUCCUAUAAACUAUAUGACGAAAUGUCGCAAAUAGACCCUUCAACACCACCCUCAAAUCUGAGUGAAGGUUUGUCAAUUAUAAGAUUAAGACUACUUCUUAUUUUACUCAUACCGUGCGUGGUUCUUCUGCUGCUGUUUAACUGUUUGUUCCUGGGUUACAAGUUACACACUUUUUCAAAGAAGAACAGAAAAAGACAAGACAAGGAAAGUAUUUUACAGUCUACUCUUUCGACGCGCCAGAGAAUGACCAUAAUAUCAGUGGCGCCAUUUGUCCCAAAUCAAGAUGGGAAAGGAGGUUAUAUCUCUGUUUCAGAGCCUAUUUUGGCGCAGGCCUUGAGCUCUCCAAGUUCCUCUUCAAAUGACAAGGCAGCAGUGCAGCAGAGUAUCCGAUUCGUUCGUCUGGUUGGGGCCACAGACGAUGGUGGUUCGGAGUCCCUGGGGGCUCCGAGCGCCAUAUUUGCGACAACAGCCGAUACCAACUCCAGGAUCGAACAGCCCCGUAGGUCAAGCGUGUACAGUAGGAAUAAAAUAGGGUGGCGCAGAAGCGCCCCUGUCCUACCGCAGUCAAGUGAUUCAGAGGCAGAACUGCCUAACCGUGUGCCACCCAAUUCACCUGCGCUAAAUGAUACACACUCAAGGGUAACACCUGACCAGAGGCACAUGCGUCGGUGCAGCACCAUGGAGCUGCAAUUGAACAACACAGAGGAACACAAGUUUGAUAUGGUUGAAUUCGAAUGUGAAUAUGCCAGUAGCAUACCUCCAGAGACUUCAUGCUUUGUUGCAUCUGACAACUCUUCCACAAUGGGUCCUGGAUUGGACAGCGACUUUGGAGCAAGCGCAGGCUAACAAAAUGUGGAAAAAGUCAAGGGGUGUGAAUACUUUCUGAAGGCACUGUACAGC